GCCCUUUUGCAAAUGCUCCAGAGUAUGCGGAGCUCGUGCUAAACAACUGGUACGUCCCAGAAGAUGCUGGGGAAGACAGAGCGGAAGCCUUUGUGAUUUCUCGGGAGAACAUCCACUCGGUCCAGCCAGCGUGUCGCUUUCUUGCUCUGCCGGAUGAGGAAUGGUACCGCAAGCUUCACCUGGUGUUGGAGUCAGAGGGUGGCCGCGCCAUCGCAAGGGCACACCAAUCCAUUCGAGAUGCCAUGAAGCAGCGCAACAAUCGUGACAUUGUUGGUUCAUUGUGUCAGUUGGCGAGCGACAUCGAUUCCUUGAGU